AUGUCUCACGUCACAUCUAACUGGCAAACGGGCGCGAUAACAUCGCCUAUGUUAACAUGGGGCCAGGUACGAGGAGGGCGAAGGCAUGAGUGCAUUCAUUGUGGCGUUGUACUUCUAACCGGCGAACGAGCCGGUUUUUGUUGCGGAACUCAAGGUGCUCGUCUUGGCGAUGUCCCACGCUUACCACCCUUGCCUGUCGAAUACAACGACUUCAUGCAUGACCCCGGCAUCUCGCAGCGCUCACGGGUAUUGAAUCUCAUAUUUUCUUUCGCAGCACUUGAGUCUACGCAUGCUUUCCCAACUGAAUCAACUGGUCCUCCCGGCUUCAUGGCUAUUCAGGGCCGAUUGUAUCACCGC